CGUUUGAAGUUUCGAUUGUCUCGAUUGUAAAAGAAGAAGAAUAAUAAUAAUAAUAACCAUGUACAAGUUCGCUGUACUCGUCGCUUUGAUUGGUUGCGUUGCUAGUGCACCAGCACCAGCACCAGGCUACUUGGCAUCGCUGCAUUCCGCACCUUUGGUCACAGCACCGGCCUCUGCUGUAGUGACAAUUCCCCACUCAGUUCCAGUCGCCACCAGCUACUCCAACACCUACAAGGUCUCGGUUAAAAGCCCGCUCAUAGUGCCUAGCUCAACCGUAGUAGCAGCCGCCCCAGCAGCAGUCGUCACACAUACAGCUCCAAUUGUCACCCCCCUCGUUAAAACUACUCCAGUUAUCGCACCUGUACCUGCUGUAGUCGCACAUCCCGCCUCCAUCACCUAUGCCACUGGAUACAUCCAUUGAGAGAAAAACGAAAAUCUGGAGAGGGGGAGAUGAACCAUUUCGGCUCCGAUUCUCUAGUCAAAAGGACACUUUUGAACCGGCUGUUACUGAAGAGACCAUUUUCAACAUUUGGACAAGAGAGACAUUGGCGAAACUUGAAACAACAUCAUCAUUAUCAUCAUCAUCUCACGUUGAUAUUAUUUAACGCGAUU